UGUUUUCCCAUUGGAAUAUGCUACUGGCAUAGCCAUCGCCAUUGCCAGAGCCUUCCAUAAAGUUGCCUAUAAAUUGACACCCAUCGUCCAUUGCAACCUCCAUCGUCCAUUGCUGCAAUCACAGAGGCAGCACAAGCUUGAGAGGACACCUCCCAACCGGUCUAAAAGAACCACCGGCUCAGCCAUGGCGGCGCGGUCGUCGCACCUCUCCCUGGCCCUCCUGCUCGUCAUGGCCGUCGGGUGCGCGGCGCAGGACUACGACUUCUUCUACCUCGUCCUGCAGUGGCCGGGGUCGUACUGCGACACGAGGCAGAGCUGCUGCUACCCCAAGUCCGGCAAGCCGGCGGCGGACUUCGGGAUCCACGGGCUGUGGCCCAACCGCGACGACGGAUCCUACCCGCAGAACUGCAACCCCGACGCCGCCUUCGAUCCCUCCAAGGUUAGCGACCUGCUGAGCGAGCUUCGCGCCAACUGGCCGACGCUGGCGUGCCCGACCAACGACGGGCUCCGCUUCUGGGGCCACGAGUGGGAGAAGCACGGCACCUGCGCCGCCAACGCCUUCAACGAGCACGGCUACUUCCAGACCGCGCUCCGCCUCCGCGACCAGCUCAACGUCCUCGACGCGCUCACCUCCGGGGGCGUCUCCCCCGACGGCGGGUACUACACGCUGGGCCAGAUCAAGGAUGCCAUCAAGCGGGGGACCGGGUUCGAGCCGUACGUGGAGUGCAACCGCGACGAGUCCGGCAACACCCAGCUCUACCAGCUCUACUUCUGCGUCGACACUGCCGGCGACCGCUUCAUCGACUGCCCCGUCCUCCCCCGCGGCAGAGCCUGCAGCAACAGGAUCGAGUUCCCGGCAUUCUAAUCUGACUCCGUCCACAAUUCUUCAAAGGCAGAGCCCUUCCUUGCAUGCUCUGCUAGAGGAUGAUGGAUUGUCCAUUCAUGGUUAUUUUUGCCAAUAAAAAGGAAUGCUCAUCUGCUGCCAACAAAUAGAGCCGAUUCACGUGUAUGAUGACGAAAUUGAUGUAAACAUACAUAUCAAGAUGAUCAAUUUUUACAUUCAGAGAUCAGUGGAUAACUUAAAUACCAA